AUGUACUGCCUGUCACCUUCAAUAGUGCAAAGUAUUGAACAAGAUUUAUUUGAAUUGGAAAUUGGUCAUUUAUCUAUUCAAAAAAUCUUAAAUCCAACUGUUGAAAACUCCAUGAGAUCACAAUUGAGUGUUAAUGACUGUGAAGUUACAAAAAUAACCGACUCUGUGGUAGGAAGAUCACAUUGUGAAUUGUGUAAAGAAGAAAAUUCUGCAAGCUUUACCUUUUCAGAGAACAUUCGACUUUCAGGUGAUAUGAUCAUAAUAUUUGGAAUUAAAAAUCCACACACUCAAAAGAGAAAAGAAAUUGGAAGAAUUGGACUUCAUAGUGCCUUCCUUCCACAAAAUCUUGUGAAACUUUCAAAAUUGGAAAUUGAUGGAGUGCACCGAAAGGACAUUGUGAGUCAAGAUUUUAGAGUUGAAAUUUUGUUUAGGGAGAUUUCAAACAAUGACACUACGAACAAGAAGAAUCACUUGUCAGAACCCUCUCUCUACUCCUUCGAUUCAAUCCUCUCACCCAUUUCACACAAGCUCAAAAAAUCAGAAUUAUUUUCCCUCCCAUCCACUUGCACAACCAUGAAUCACUUUGCCUUUAUAUAUUCCAAAGAUUAUGCACUUUCGUAUCAUCGUUACGUGAAAGAUCAUGUACGACUCGAGAAGGCACUUGAAACAAAUCCAACACUUGAACAAACACUUUCACCGGCAGUCCUCUUUUCGAAUCAGUUCAUUCAUCCAAGACCCAUGCCUUUAAAAGUGAGAUUGAUUGCUCAUUCGAAUGAACAAGAUGUGCACACUCAUGGUAAAUUUAUUUCUGUGUCCAUCACGAUUGGAUAA